GCCGGUUAUAUUACCGUUUUCUGCCCUUCAAAUGACACUAUUUCUGUGGUAAUCGCAGCGUGUGGGUCGUUUUUCACUUCAGAAAGCAACAUGAGUAAAAUCGGAAUUAACGGAUUCGGCCGUAUUGGCCGUCUGGUUCUUAGGGCCUCCCUUGAACGCGGUGCCCAGGUUGUUGCCAUCAAUGACCCAUUCAUUGGCUUGGAUUAUAUGGUAUACAUGUUCAAAUAUGAUUCUACUCAUGGUAGAUUCAAGGGAGAAGUCAAAUCUGAAGAUGGUUGUUUAGUGGUUAAUGGCAACAAAAUUGCUGUAUUUAGUGAACGUGAACCAAAAGCCAUUCCAUGGGGAAAAGCUGGUGCUGAAUACGUUGUUGAAUCAACUGGUGUUUUCACCACCAUAGAUAAAGCUUCAGCUCACUUGGAAGGUGGUGCUAAGAAGGUCAUCAUUUCUGCUCCAUCAGCCGAUGCACCUAUGUUUGUUGUUGGUGUUAACUUGGAUGCUUAUGAUCCAAGUCACAAAGUCAUUUCCAAUGCUUCUUGCACCACCAAUUGCUUAGCUCCUCUCGCUAAGGUUAUUCAUGAUAAUUUUGAAAUUAUUGAAGGUCUUAUGACUACUGUGCAUGCUAUUACUGCUACCCAAAAAACUGUUGAUGGACCAUCGGGCAAGUUGUGGCGAGAUGGUCGUGGUGCUGCACAAAACAUUAUUCCUGCUGCAACUGGAGCAGCUAAAGCUGUUGGCAAAGUCAUUCCAGCUCUAAAUGGAAAGCUGACUGGUAUGGCUUUCCGUGUACCAGUACACAAUGUGUCUGUCGUUGAUUUGACUGUCAGACUCGCAAAACCCGCUACUUAUGAUGCUAUUAAAGCUAAGGUUAAGGAAGCUGCCGAAGGUCCUAUGAAAGGAAUCCUUGCUUAUACAGAGGAUGAUGUAGUCUCUUCUGACUUCAUUGGUGAUAAUCACUCCAGUAUUUUUGAUGCUAAAGCUGGUAUACCGUUGAACGAUAACUUUGUUAAAUUGAUUUCGUGGUACGACAACGAAUAUGGUUAUUCCAAUCGUGUAGUUGAUUUGAUUAAGUAUAUUCAAACGAAGGACAACUAAGCCGAUUUUCGUAUUUCCAUGUGUAAUACAUUCAUAAAUGUUUCUGUAUGACAUACAUCAUACGAACAUAUCGUUGUUUUAUGAAUAUUGCAGAUUAAAUAACGUUAUGACUAGCCACUAGCGUUUUUGAAACAGAAAUUGAAAAUGUAAAACAAAACGAUACUUUAGCAUACAUUUCUUUUGCACAAGUAAUACAAUGUACCUACAAAAUCAGUAUGAAAUAGGAUUAACUUUGAAGUUCAUUAUAUUAAUUUAAAUUUCUAAUUAACGUUUCUGAAUUUAUUCAUAAAUAAUGUAAAAAUAUAGAUGCAAAUAUGUACGUUCAAAAAUAGUAUGCUUGCUCGAAAAGUACACAGUCAAUACAUAAAGUAGAUUAUUGUAUUCUUGUGCCGUAUUAUUUAGAUAAUGUAUGUUACAUUUAAAUGAUUUUUAUCAAUCAUUCAUUCAACAUUCGCAAGAGGAUAUCAAAAUAUUUGCGAUUUCUUCUGUAACAUUAAUAUUUAUCACUCAUAAACACCAAUAAAAAUUGUUAUGAAA